AUGGAAGACGAGGAACCCUUUGACCCUCUCGUGGAGUCAAUUGAAAAACUAGAAGCUCAGUUAGGCCACACCGGGACAGAUUUAGAUGAAACAAGUAACAGCGAAGACUUGAUAAAGCAAGGUACAAAUACAUUAGAGGGAGACUUGCUUGGACUUAGUAUCGACUCUAGCAAUGUCACAGCAACCGUCCCCGAUAGUGUGGUUACAGGUGUACCAACUACUACUAUGGGGGAUGAUGUAGACUUACUAUCACUGAACGAACCCUCUCAAAGCACCGAACCCCAUGCAGCGGCCAGCAGUACUCCUAUAUCCAUAAGCGUUGGAGUAGUUACAGAAACAACUGGUAUGGACAUUGAGGGUAUUAUAAAGAGAGUUGCGAGUUCCAUUAGUACCCAGAGUUCGGAGCCAGAGGAGAUGAAAUCACCCGAGAACGCUAGAAGUAGUAGCAGAGGUCCCAGCAAAAGCAUUCUACGGAAUGCGAUAACCAACGGAACGCAACUACGGCAUAUAAAUCUGGCCGAUACACCUCGAAUAACGUAUUCGGAUUGGGAAUCUGUGUCGGAGAUUCUCGGUCAGAACGGGUUUCUGUUGUCACUGGUCUGCACUAAGUCCAGUUUGAACGAUAUGAGUCUGGCGAAAGUCACAAAGGCGCUUUCAAAGCUGCGCUCGUUCGAAAGUCUGAAGCUUGCGUACAACCCUGGAAUCAAAGGCCCCGGCAUUGCGAGUAUAGGCACGCUGAUGUCCCACUGUCGGCGUAUAAAGAACUUAGAUCUGACAGGAAUAGUGUUCGACAGGAAAAUGGCGCAGAAUCUGGCGAAAUCAUUACACACGGCUACAAUUGUGUCUCUCAGUCUCGUGGAGUGUGGGCUGAAAGAUUCAUCGGUGGCUGAAACCAUCUUUUUUGGCUGCGGAAAGGCGCCUUCGCUCAAGUCACUCGAGCUGAUGGGCAACGGAAUCACGGGCGAUUCUAUGGCAGCACUGGGUGCAGCGCUGAAGCAACCGAGCUGCGCUAUACAACACUUAGAUAUGAGGAGCAAUGCCAUUGGGGAUAAUGGCGCACGAUCCCUGGCAAGGGCCUUACAGAAAAAUAAUGUGCUAAAGGAUGUAGUGCUGUGGCGAAAUCAGAUAAAGGGUGCUGGCUGCUGCUACCUGGCGCAGGCGCUGAAAGAAAACACGGGCCUCGUCUCACUGGACGUCAGCUACAAUGAAUGUGCGUCAGAACAAGCGAUGACUGACCUUCGAGACUUGCUCUUAGUAAACCAAACGGUCAAGAAAAUUUCUUUAGUGUUCACCGGUCUCGAUGGCACAGGCGUCAUUGCUCUAUCGGAAGCUCUGUCAAUAAACUCUACGCUGGAGCUAUUAGACAUACGAUUUAACGCCGUGAAUACUGCUGGCUUUAUGGCUCUGGCAUCGACUGUGCGCAUGAACACAUCGCUCACCGAGAUCUUCACAGACUUGGCUACAUCGAAGACGGACGACGAAUUGCUGGCACAAGUACAAGUCACUAUAGACAAGCAGUGUAAGGAGAACUUACAAAGUAAACCGAAUAUUAGCGAGGAGAUAACGCUCUCAGAUUUGGGCACCCGAUAUAAAGACACUGAUGAUCCCCACUCCCGCAAGAAAUCGCGGGUGCAGUUUGAUGUCGAGAGCACCUAUAAGAGGCUCAACAACUUUGGUGAACUCUUAGUCGACGUACCAAGUAAUGAGCUGGAAAGCAAUGAAAGUGUGCAGGAAUUGCUGAACCACCUUCUUAGAGCUCAACCAGACCUGCUGUCAAGUAUAGAGGAGGAAAAGGACGACCGCCAAUUGUCCGAAUAUCUGCUGCUGAAUAGCCGCAUAGUUGGAAUUCUCCAGCAGUACGACCAUAUUCUUGAAGAACUCCAAGCGAGCAAAGCGAGUAACUCAUUAAUUGAUUUCAGUAAUAAAUCGUUCGCUGCGAGAGCCAAAGGAAUGCUUACAUCAAGCCGUACAGAACAAACCCCAGAGAAAAGAUAAAUAGAGGAUUUCGACGUAGUCAGCACAAUGGUUCCUUUCUCUGAGGAAUAAUGUACAAUAAUUAAAUUCCUAAUAUUAGGAGCC